GCUGUGCUCGCGACGACGGCGAUCGCGUGCGCACGUCGCUCCAAGGCGCGAGCUGUGUCUGGGUGACGGGUGGUAACACCUUUUACCUCUGGCACCACAUGCGCUCUUCUGGCUGCGCCGACCUCGUCCAGCAGCGAGUCGCCGAGGGCGUGCUCUAUGUCGGACAGUCGGCAGGCUCCAUCGUCGCUGGUGAGUCAAUCGAGACGGCCUUCUGGAAGGGGUGGGACGACCCCGACGUCGUUCCCGGCGUGGAGUGGUCUGCGGAGACGCUAGAUGCAAUGAGCUUGGCCCCCGACCACCUCUUCUUCCCUCACUACUCUCCGGAGUUCGAGCCGCUCGUGCAGAGAGAGCGAGUGAAGCUGCCACCAACUACCGCGGUUGUCGCCCUGGCUGACGCCGGGCCUGCUUAUGUGGUGGGCGACCUUGCGAGCGAGGCGAGUGCAGAGCCUUGUGCGUCUCAGAAGUAGCGGACAUAGGUGUGUGUAUACGUAUUGGGUAUUGUGUUUUCU